CUGAGUUUAUGUAGUUGCGUGUCCCGACGCUCGAAGCUUGGCCGUGUUUGAUAUCUUCAGCUGACAGAAGUAUCGACCCGUUUAUCGCAGCUUUCCUGUUCCGUAUUGUGUAUGAAGAAGGCGCUGCUUACUCUUUAGGGUUUACCUGAACCUCGAGGUCAGAGGUCAACCAGAAUGGGGACCAGGAGGGUACUGGUGACUGGGUGCUCCUCUGGCAUCGGCUUGGCUAUAGCUUUACGGCUGGCUAAAGAUGAGCUUAGAAGAUUUAAAGUGGUUGCCACGAUGAGGGAUCUCGGGAAACGAGGCACCUUGGAGAGAGCAGCAGGUGACUCAUUGAACAAAACCCUGGAAAUCAAGGAGUUGGAUGCAUGUUCUAAAGCCUCCAUCAAAGAGUGUGUCAACAGCUUGCCCAACAGACAAGUAGAUGUUCUGGUGAGUAAUGCUGGUGUCGGUAUGAUCGGACCGCUGGAGUGCCAAAGUAUCACUGCCAUGAAGGAGCUCUUUGACACCAACUUCUUUGGCCUGGUGCGGCUGGUGAAAGAGGUGCUGCCUGACAUGAAGCACCGUCAGAGUGGCCAUAUUGUAGUGAUGAGCAGUGUCAUGGGAAUACAAGGACUUCUGUUCAACGACAUCUAUUCUGCCUCCAAAUUUGCCGUGGAAGGGUUUUGUGAAAGCCUGGCAGUGCAAGCAAUGAAGUUUAACAUCAAGACUACGCUAGUGGAACCUGGUCCGGUGGUAACAGAGUUUGAAAGAAAAGUCUAUGAAGAUGCUGAGAAGAUGGAUCUGUCGGAGACAGAUGAGGAGACUGCCAGGAUCUUCCGUGAAAUUUACCUGCCUUACUCUAGGAAGGUCUUUAACUCAUUGGGCCAGACAACAGAGGAAGUGGCUGAGCAAACAUAUAAAGUGAUCACAGCCAAGGAGCCUCCUCUGCGCCACCAGACAAACCGCCUGUACAUGCCCAUGACAGCGCUGAAGCAUGCAGACCCGACUGGCAGGCUGCCCCUGGACACUUUCUAUAAGAUGGUUUUUAAACAUGACAGCGUGUUCAAUGCAACUCUUGGGGUUCUGCGCAUGUUGCAGAGGAGAGGAGGGAAGAAAUAAUUGUUUUGCUGUUGUACAGACCUAAAAAUGCUUCAUUAAAAAAUAACAUUCAACUGAAAAGGGAGUAAGACUUCCUGUAGUAGCUGAGGAGCAGUAAAAGUGGUGCUGGCUUUUUGAUAAGUAUUCUUCAAUGAUUUUUCUGUGAUGACUUUGUUGCUUCCUGUUAAUUGUUUAAAAUUUGAUCUUAAAUUCAUUGUAACAAACUGACUUGUUUUGUGGGAAACGGAAGCAGAUAAAAAAUGUUUAAUUUAGUAUAAUGGUAUUAGCAUUUAGUUCAUUUUAAACUAAAAGAUAUUAAAGAAUAGUACCAUGUUGUACAUGUAAGAAAUAGAUUAAUCAGUCAUUAACCUUUUGGAAAAUAAAAUAUCCAAUUUCAAACAGAAUAAAAAAGUAAAAAAAAGUUUGACAUCA